CGAACACCAACCUCUCCAACAACAUCUCUCCAAAAUGCACUAAUCGGUCCCCAUAUCUCUUCAGCCUGGUCUUUGGGGAUGAAAUUGUACAUCUAAUGCAGCUUUUCGCUCUCGAUUUGAGAACCUGUUGAAGAAUGCACCUUCUCACCCCAUUAGCUGCCGCUCUCUCACUGCCGCUCUCCGAAGCUUUCCGCAGAAGCGGGCAUGAAACGUUAGAUGAGCUCCAACCACAAGAAAUGUCUGCGAAAAGGGUGGCCAUAAUAGGUGCUGGAGCUGGGGGUUCCUCCGCAGCGUACUAUUUAUCACAGAACGCAACGAAGGCUGGAAUUCAUGCGGAUAUCACCGUAUUCGAGCGUUCCUCGCAUAUUGGCGGCCGCAGUACCACUGUGAAUGCUUGGUCAGACCCCAAUGCGCCGAUCGAGCUUGGCGCUUCGAUCUUCGUUGAGGUCAACCACAUACUCGUUUCUGCGGCGAAAACUUUCAACCUCUCCACUUCGUCAGACGAUAGGCCGAAACCUGAUGGGGCACCGGAGCUUGGAAUCUGGAACGGAGAGGAGUUUGUGCUAGUAACAAGCGCCGAGGAUGGAUGGUGGGAUAAGGCGAAGCUGUUGUGGAGGUAUGGAUUAGCACCUAUAAGGACUAAUUCUCUCAUGAGGAGUACAGUUGGAAAGUUUUUGAAGAUGUACGAGGAACCCGCCUUCCCGUUCAAAUCUCUCAGCGAUGUUGCGGAGCAAGUCGGGCUGACCAACAUUACCGGGGUGACGGGAGAGCAAUUUCUCAAAGCGAACAGUAUCGGAGAUCAGUUUGCGAACGACGUCAUUCAGGCGAGCACGAGGGUAAACUAUGCCCAAAACCUCCCUCUGAUCCACGGCCUCGAAACUAUGGUGUGUAUGGCCGCCUCCGGCGCUAUGAGUGUCGAUCGAGGGAACUGGCAAAUCUUCUCUCAAAUGUUGAAAGCUUCCGCCACAACACAUCUCAACACUACAGUCGCCAAGAUCUCCAAGCAAGCUGACAAAACAUACGCCCUAACCACCUCCUCCGGAGACACGUCUAUCUUCGAUAUUGUAAUCCUUGCAGCACCGCUCCAGUUCUCAAAACUCGUUAUAGACCCAGCGCCAAAGCACGUUCCCGACCAGAUUCCCUAUGUUAAAUUGCAUGUCACCCUCUUCGCCUCACCACAUAAGCUGGAUCCUACCGCAUUCAAGCUUGAUCCGGGAAACCUAGUACCACAAUUUGUACUUACAACUCUGCUGCCAAACGAAAACUAUGGUUCUGAUCCCAACGGUGUGGGCUCUACGGGCUUCUUCAGCAUCUCGAUCGUGGGUGCUGGGUUGAAUCCUCGUAGUACGCCAAAGAACCGUCCGGAAUAUAUUUACAAGAUUUUCUCACCAAAGCGAAUCGACUCGGUCUUCCUAUCCAAGAUCCUUGGUGAGCAUGUUCCUGAAGAGGGGGAGUCAGCGAAUGGACCUAUCAGCUGGAUAUACCAUAAACUGUGGCAUUCAUAUCCCUACGAGUACCCGAGAGUCACUUUCGAUGAGAUUAAGCUUGACGAAGGGCUCUUCUAUACCAGUGGCAUUGAGAGCUUCAUCAGCACGAUGGAGACAAGUGCCUUGAUGGGGAAGAAUGUAGCUAGACUUGUCGUUGACGAGUGGAUCGAGAGUGCUGCAAAGCAAAAGAUCGAGGUUUCGGAGGCUGGGGAGGGUCUCAAGUUGCAACCAGAAGUUGGUUGGGAAUUCAAGGGCCUAAAAGAUCAAGAAAUACAGAAACCCUUGAAGGCGAAGCUUUGAGCACUCGGCAAAGCUUAUAAGAGUGUCAAGAAGCUGACCCAUUAAAAGGUUAACUCUCUACUAAAGCAGGGGGACCCGUCUUCCAUAUGUCUAUCAGUUUGUAGAUCUUUCAUGUUCCCACUGAAGAUAUUACGCCAUAUUAUCGCAUAUCACGGAACAUGACCAGGGUAGAUUUAAUCUACCAACCUUCUUGCCAGAUCUGAGGAGGAUGUUGAGAGAUGCCACCCUUUGUUGCAAAUCACAUCUUUGUUACACCCUAUAGAAAGUGACAACGUGCAUUCGCGCACGCGAGGGAGUUGAUUGCGCG